CUCUGGAGGGAUUUGGUGUAAGGCAGAGAGAAAACUUUUCCUGCAGGCGUAGUUUACCUGAAAAUUCACAAGGCUGUGCACCCACUCGGUGAACCCUGUCCAACCACCUUCCGUUCACCCACGGAGAGUGCCACCAUGGAGGUCGUAGGGGUGCAAUGGCACAUCCAGGGUGAUUCACAGCCUUGCUCUCUUGGUACGAGAGAUGUGGAGGCUGUGGAGGCCUUGAUGUCCAUGAACAACAAUUGGAAGACCAAGAGAUUCAGUCAGGACCAGUUCAGACCUAUGACUCCCUCCUCUGACAUAUCUGAGGAUGACUGUCUCCCACCAGGCUCCGCAGCGCUCCAAGACUCCCUGAUGUGUAUGACACCACCACACAGCCCACCUAACCUUGAGGCCACGCACCCAAGCUCUGGAGAUAUAUUGCAGGAACCUGCACCAUCUAGAAACAGAUGUCAGCAGAGCUCACUGUCAGAAGAAGACAGUGUUCUGCCUGCACAGACAGAUACUUCGAGUCAUAGGGCCCUGUCCACCAGUGUGAUCCGCCACACUUCAGAUGGCCAGCACUGCUUCUGUAACAUCUACCCCAGCUCCGAAGAACUAAACACAAAAGACUUAAAAAUGACUUUGAGCUCUGCAGAUAGGCAGAAUAGUGGAGAUUUCAUGGGGAAUAAUGGUAUGCAGUCUGAGUCUAGGUCUUCCUCUGCAACUCCACAGAGACCUGCAUCGAUGAAUCUACCACCCUUGACUGAAGCCAGUAAGACACAGCUGAAAUUUUCAGCCUCAAGUGAGAAACCAGACACACCCAAACAGCUGUCUUCCGUCCCGGCUGGCACUGCAAGGGUUUUUUCUGCACCACUCUGCCACCAGACACUUCCAGUUUCACUCAUUCCAGUCAACACACUGGUCAGCUCUACUGUAGUACAUAAUCCUGACAUAGCCACCACUGCUAAUCAGAGAGAGUUACUACCACUCUCACUUCCUGGUACUACUAACUCCUUGGUCACCAGUGUAUACAAACCAGCCAUUGCUAUUAAACAACUAAAACAACAGCCGCAUCCACCACCACCACAAAACACAGUUUCUCCCAUGGUGUUCCUGUUGGAAGGUCAGGGGGCAAAGGGCCCCAUUAUGUUCCUGGUCUCUCAGCCGGCUGUCCCCACGGUCUAUAUGCAGCCAUCACUAGUGACUUCCGGUGACAGCAGGUUUCAAGCAAUUGCACCUGCACCUGGGUUUACCUCAGUGGUUCAGAGAAACCGUACCUCCCAGCCAAAGAUAUCACGUGUACGCAGUCAUAUUUGUCCCCACGAGGAGUGUUGCAAGACCUACUUCAAGAGUUCCCACCUUAAGGCUCAUAUGAGGACUCACACAGGGGAGAAACCUUUCAGGUGCAGGUGGGAGGGUUGUGAGAGACGAUUCUCUCGCUCUGAUGAGCUGUCUCGCCAUCGCCGGACCCACACCGGGGAGAAGCAGUUUGCCUGUCCCAUGUGUCUUAGCCGUUUCAUGCGUAGCGACCACCUUGCCAAGCAUGUACGGCGACAUCUAGCGGCCAAGAGGUCACUGUGUCCUGAAGAAACAAACUUCCUCACCAGAGUGACCAGAAAAAGAGACUAAGAGAAAUACUGUGAAACAAUGAUGCCUUUUAAGUUCACAUUUGAAGACUGCAAUGCUGAAAUGAGGAUGGGCCUCAUACAGUUUACAGAGGCUGUUGGGAUGGGUAAAUUGAAACAACAGUAGUAGUAAAAUGUGUAACAAUUUAAUGUUCAUAUUGCAGGGAAGAGUGUCAGGAGUGAUUUGCGACAGAAGGGUACCAGCAAGAAUUAAAGGGAAGGUUUACAAGAUGGUAGUGAGACCAGCUAUGUUUUAUGGUUUGGAGACUGACACUGACGAAAAGACAGGAGGCAGAGCUGGAGGUGGCAUAGUUGAAGAUGCUAAGAUUUUCAUUGGGAGUGAUGAAGAAGGACAAGAUUAGGAACAAGUAUAUUAGAGGGACAGCUCAGGUUGGACAGUUUAGAGACAAAGCAAGAGAGGCAAAAUUGAGACGGUUUGGACGUGUGGAGGAGAGACGCUGGUUAUAUUGGGAGAAGGAUGCUGAAGAUUGAGCUGCCAGGCAAGAGCAAAAGAGGAAGGCCAAAGAGGAGGUCUGUGGAUGUGGCGAGGGAGGACAUGCAGGUGGCUGGCGUGACAGAGGAAGAUGCACAGGACAGGAAGAGAUUGAAACGGAUGAUCCGCUGUAGCGACCCCCAACGGGAGCAGCCAAAAGAAGAUUAUUACAGGGAACCAUUAUGUCAAUUAUUUUGUGAUGCCUUGAACAAGUCCCAGUUACAGAAUAAUGCUGAAAUAUGGAAUUUCUUAUGAAAAUGAACUGGAGCCUUUUUGGAUUUUCUUUUUUUAAUUAUCCCUAUUUGAUUAGGCUCCUGGUGGUAAAGGAAUUGUUUUACAAUGCACUAUUAGUCUGUGGUUAAUGUUUACAUUCGUGUCCAAACUACUGAGUCAACCUAAACCUCAAAAAGCAGGGACAAACUAGGGAAUUGUAAUGAUGAAUGGUAAUUGCAAAUGAUGAAAUUACACUGAAAUAGUUUAGAUGUUCUGUGAAGAUAUUUUUAUGUAUUGCUUUUCAAAUAUACUAAACUGUUUACAAAAGAAUGUAGAAAACACAAUGUAUUUGUGACAAAGUUUUGCACAGCUCUUUUCAGGGAGCAUAAGAUUUUCUUUUCAUUAAACAGGAGCAUUGUGUUGAUCUCCCAAGCACUAUUUGCCCUGAUAAAAUCA